CUUUACGAAUAGAUAAUAUGGACCAACAAACUUCGGGAAGUCAUAUAAACCAUAUAAACCGCAAGGGUAACAUAUAUUUAAAUGAAACUCCUAAAGUAAAAAAUUUUGGAGAUAAAAAAACCGAAUUUUUUACAACAAUGUCACAAGAAGAACAUAUGCCACGUGAAGCUUUUAAAGAUGUCAAGGUUAUUGUACCUCUCACUCCUAAACCUAUAAUGUCUCCUUCUUCUCCAAAAACCAUGUCUCUUGGAAGAAUAAAUAUUAGUUCUUUAAAAGAUGCUUUAAAUCGUCCAAGGAAUUCAAGACAUCUAAAGAAUUUAAGUGAAAUGAACAUUUCUCCUCCUGAUAUAAACGAUCCAAUUUUAUUUGAAUCUAAAGUUGCAAAAUGGUCUUCUUCUACUAUUAAAAAAUCUUCAAAUAAAUAUCUUAUUUUAACAAGGAAUAGUUUAUGCGGUUUUAAAAAUGCUGAUAAAGCCAAUAAAAUUUUCGAUGGAUUACCUCUUUAUACUAUACCAAGAAAAUCAAGUGCUGAUAGUAGUUGUUCAACUGAUAUUACAAAUUUAUCAGAUUCAUCAAAUACAAAAACUUUACCAGCUGAACAUGUUAUUCUUUGUUUAGCUACUGUAUUUGCUAUUACUGAACAAUUAACUCCGGAACCUCAUAUUAGGAUAGAUUAUAUGUCUUCAUUAAAAAAACAAGUUCAUGUCUCUAUAACGGCUCCUGAUAUUCAAAAACAUCGUCAAUGGUUCGCUGUUUUAAAACCCGCUAUUCAUAAUUCCGAUCCAAUAGGUUCUUUCUUAACUAAUGAUCAAAGAAUUUGGAUAAUGAAUAAAUUAAGAUCAUUAGAUGAUUUAGCUGAUGAAAAUGAAAAAAAAUUGAUGGCUCAUAGAGUAUUACUUAAAUCAUUAACUGAUGAAAAUAAUUUUGGUCAAUCUGAAAAAGAUCUUAAAACUCCCGUUUUCUUAAUAUUAGGAAAGAAUAAUAUUUAUAUUAUUCCAAGUAAUGUAAGAAAUGAUGGUAUACCAAGUGAAGAAAAUCGUAAAAGUAAUGAUUUUAAAGUUAACAAUAAUACAAAAAAUUCUAAUAAUUUAAUAAAAGAAAUUGAUUUUUGGAAAUAUAAAUAUCCUUUAUUAUGUAUAGCUGAUAUUAGAUUUAAUAAUUUAGAUGAUACUUUUCAAAUUACUUUUAAAAAUGAUGAUAAAUUUUCGAAAAGAACAAUUAUUAUUUCUUCUUUAUUUAGUGAAAUUAUUAUGACAGAAAUUAGAUCUGUUAUAGAUUCAAUUACUUUUUGGUGGACGAGUCCUUCUUAUAAAUCCGUACAAUCUUCAACUACUAUAUCUCCAAUUUCUCCUAUAUCAUCUAUUAAUUCACCUAUAUCAUCUAUUACUUCUCCUAUAUCAUCUAUUACUUCACCUAUAUCAUCUAUUAAUUCACCUAUAUCAUCUAUUAAUUCACCUAUAUCAUCUAUCACUUCACCUAUAUCAUCUAUUAAUUCACCUAUAUCAUCUAUUACUUCUCCUAUAUCAUCUACUCUAACAACAAAAAUUUCUCAAGAAUUUGGUAUAGAAAGAAUGAUCGAAGCUCAAUGUCAUGUAUUUGGUGUAUCUAAAUCUAGGAUAUCAUUUAAUGUAGAAUACGUUCUUGGAGAUGAUAAUAUUCAACUUGGAUUAGGUGUUGAUAAUUUACCAUUUAGAUUCAUAUUACUUCCUCCAAAACAUGAUAAUAAUGGAAUUUAUUCAACAGAUGAAUUAAUGGCAGUAUUUAAUUCAUUAAAGUAUCAUCCUUUACUUUCUGAAGUUAUAUUAAGUAAUAUCAAUUUAUUUGAACUUCAAAUUCAACCAGCUUCUCAAAAUAAUGAAGAAUGUAAUAAUAUGCUUGGUACUGUAUUAUAUGAUUUAUUAAUAUCGAACACUAAAUUAAGAAAAUUAAAUUUAAAUUCAUGUGGAAUUACAAGUGAAACUAUUUUUGCUAUUGGAAAUGCUUUAAUUACCGGAAAUUCUAAUUUAAAUAAAUUAUUAAUAAGUGAUAGUUCAAUAACAAGAGAAUGUGCUCAAACUUUAGCUAAUGGAAUAAAAAGUCAUUCAUCAUCAAUCAAAGAACUUGAUAUUUCAAAUUGUAAAUUAACUCAUGAUGGUUUAGUAUUAAUAAUUCAAGCUCUUUAUUCAAAAAAUCCUGAAGAAUUAGAAUCUUUAAAUAUUUCUGAUAAUAUAUGUGAUAUUGAUUCAAUAAUUUUAACUGAAUUACUUUUAAAAACAAAAAAUUUAAGAACAUUAAAUUUACGUAAUUGUUUAAAAUUUUUUACUGGUAUAAAACCUAUAAUUUCAUUAGAAACUUUAGGUGAAAUUCAAUUAACAACUUUAGAUCUUGGUGGUAUUCCAUUAAAUAAUAAAUCACAUUUACUUUCUUUAUAUGCUUAUAUUAGAUCAUCAUCAUUUUCUAAAGUAAAAUAUUUUAGUAUUGAUAAUUGUAAUUUAGAUGGUGAAGCAUUAGCUGUAAUACUUUCUUAUAUAACUACUUCUCCAAAUUGUGAAAAAAUUAGAGUUUGGGCUGGAGGAAAUUUUAUAGCAAAAACAUCUGAUUCUUGUAAAGAAUUUUGUUACGCUGUGCGUAAUGAUUGGACUCCAAUUUGGUUAUCUUUAAAAGAUUCUAUAUUUGGUUCAAAUAUUGAUCAAGUUAUAGAAAUUUUAUCUUCAUUUUGUGAAAAUACUGUUAUAAAAUAUUUGGAUUUAUCAAAUCCUCAAUUUUUUAUAUCAAAUGAAACUAUUACUCAAAAUCCUCAAAUUUUGACAACAACUAAAAAAGCUUGUGAAGUUAUUGGAAAAUUAUUUAGAUCAAAUAAAAAUAUUUUGGAAUUAAAUUUACAAGGUAAUUCAGAACGGAAAUGGGGUCACUUUUUGGGUGCUCAAUUAUUGAAAUUAGAUGAGAAUACUCGAUUGGAAAGGUUGAAUAUUGAAGGAAAUUCUAUUAGUGAUCAAGGUGCAAAAUCAUUAAGUGAAGCUUUGAAAAAAAAUGUAACGUUGAAAAGUUUAAAUAUCGAUGAUAAUGAGAUCGGAAUUGAUGGAUAUUUAUCUUUACAUAAAGUUUUAACAUCUCGUCAAAAUAUUACACUCCAAAAUUUUGGAUUUCCAAUAAAGGAUUUUCAAUCUUAUAACGAAAGUUUAGAUACUAAAUUAACAACCACUUUACCAAUCACGAGAACAAGUCAAAAAAUUGCAUCAGAGAAACAAAAAAUUAAUUUUAAACAAUUAAUUGAUGAAAUUUUAUUUAUUAUUGAAAAAAAUUCGUCAAUCGGAGAUAGUAGUACUCGAUAA